AACGACGAGGAAGAAGAAGUUGAUGUGAGCAGCAGCAGCAGGCCGAUCAUCAGAAAUACAGACUCACACAAGGAUACAUAUUGGGGGAGACGCAGCGAGUUAUCGCCCUAAACGGAGUCCUCAGUUGCUGUGAGCCGAUUUUUCCAGUCUCCCAUAGUUUUGUGAUACCGAACACAUCGACCAUCGUUGCUGUGACAAUGAAUGGACCUGGAGUCACGACGGCGGGAGGCGGAGGCGUGAUGUCAUCGAUUGAGCGCGAGAAAGUCUGUCAAUGGAUCGCUGAACUAGUCAAUCCGGAAACACGGGAAAACUCGUUGGUUGAAUUAAGCAAGAAGCGCGAAGUUGUGCCUGAUCUUGCGCCGAUGCUCUGGAACUCCUUCGGGACGGUGGCCGCUCUCGUUCAAGAAAUCAUCAAUGUUUAUCCAUCGAUUAACCCUCCUUCCAUGACGGCCCAUCAAUCGAAUCGAGUCUGUAACGCCCUGGCUCUACUUCAAUGUGUAGCCAGUCAUCCGGAGACCAGAUCAUUCUUCCUGCAAGCGAAUAUUCCUCUUUAUCUCUAUCCAUUUCUGCACACCGUUUCGAAAACACGAUCGUUCGAGUACUUGAGACUGACGUCUCUUGGCGUUAUCGGUGCUCUGGUUAAAACCGAUGAGCAAGAAGUCAUCAACUUCCUUCUCACGACGGAAAUCAUCCCCUUGUGUCUCAAGAUCAUGGAGAGCGGGAGCGAGUUAUCCAAAACGGUGGCGACCUUUAUCCUCCAAAAAAUCCUCUUGGACGACACCGGUCUCGCAUACAUUUGCCAAACGUAUGAGAGAUUUUCGCAUGUUGCCAUGAUCUUGGGGAAGAUGGUGAUUUCGUUGGCGAAGGAUCAGAGCUCCCGUUUGUUGAAGCACGUUGUGCGCUGCUAUCUGCGUCUCAGUGAUAAUUCCCGCGCGAGGGAGGCUCUCAGACAGUGUCUCCCGGAUCAACUCAAGGACAACACUUUCAGUAAUUGUUUGAAAGAAGAGAGAUCAACUCAACACUGGCUCCGAGCUCUGCACAAUAAUCUAGCUGAGAACUUGCCCGAGACCAUUGUUUAUCCCCAGCAACCUGUAACUGCUCAGGCCCAGUCGUAGAUUGCGCGUGAAUUUACAAAACGAAUGUGAACUGUGAACAAACGAACUUAGGGAGACUCUCGAUGAGUUUGGUACAAAAAUUGUAUACUUCACUCGAACAUAAACUUCCGCGAUGGAAAACGUCCAGGAACACACACAUGCGGAACACAAAGCGAGGCAAUCGUUUCUACAAUUUUCCUCCGUCUGACGAAUAAAUUUCCAAAUCCAGCGAAUCUUUACGUUGAGCAGAUGAGCACAUCCUGCGUUAGGAACGAUAGCGAGUAUGUCGGCUGAAUCAGAAUCUUUCGAUUAGAGGUCGUCAGACGAAAGAACUAAGUACAGGCGGAGAUGGAAUGCUAGGCUGGAUGAGAGUAACACAGCAGAG